CAAUCGAUUGUGUUUUCCCUUUUCUGCCUUUUCCUCUCAGGAAGAUCAGGUGAUGAAGAGACACACACCUUUUCAACAGAGACGGUUAGCAGAUGGGCUGUCAGUGUCCUUCUACUGCAUUUGCCUUGUCACCACAGACUCAACCAAGAACCGUUUGUUCUUCUUCACGAGCUGCACUCAGAAGGGCCUGCUGACCACGGAAGAGAGGUGGCCGUGCCACGCCAGACAGAUGUGCCUCCUGAAAGACCCCUGCUGUGCUCUCCACCGUGGCAGAGCCAGGAGGAGCCACGGCCAGCAAGCAGAAGGAGGAGAGACGUGGCUGGAGGCGAUGGACAUCCAGCUUCCCAGCUGGGUUCCGGGGUUGACGCGCAGGGAGAUGGCAUGGGUACGUCAUGUACAUCACCACUCCCUUCUCCUGAGACCCCACCUGGAGCACUGCAUCCAGCUCCGGGGUCCCCAGCGCAAGAAAGACAUGGACCUGUUAGAGCAGGUCCAGCGGAGGAUCCCAGGGCUGGAACAGCUCUCCUGUGCAGAAACGCUGAGAGAGUUGCGGGUGUUCAGCCUAGAGAGGAGAAGGCUCCAGGGAGACCUUACUGCGGCCUUUCGCAAACGCAAGACAAUAUCUUUAUGUUCCUCUGCGGACAUGGACUGCUGUCAGGACCCGCUCUGCGGGACAGCCAGCAGCUCUGGGCUCGUGACAGUAGUGCAGCUGCGAAAGGUGCAGGUUGUGUUACGACUGCUGGUUGGCAGAGGAGUGUGCAGAGGAGAAACCCCGGCACUGCUGCGGCAGAGCCUCUCCAAGCACUUGCUGUCCAUGCGCACUGCGUUCGCGAUGAAGCAGCAGGACCCCGACUCGAGGGAGCAAGGGGGGCUGCUCUGCUCUUUCCAGCGCUGCUUCGUUUGCGGCGAGACGGGCGCCACCAUCACCUGCCAGCACAAGGGAUGCAACCGCAGCUUCCAUCUCCCUUGCGCCUCAGAGGGUGAAUGUGUCACCCAGUUCUUCGGGCUGUACAGGUCCUUCUGCUGGGAGCACCGCCCAGAGCAGGCAGUGCAGGCCGCUCCAGAGCACAACACCACCUGCAUCAUCUGCCUGGGCCUCGUGGAGGACAAAAAGUCCUACCACACCAUGGUGUGCCCAGCAUGCCAACACGCCUGGUUCCACCGGACCUGCAUCCAGAAGCAGGCUAUCCAUGCCGGCGUCUGCUUCCGCUGCUUGCGUUGCCAAAGCAAAGAUGAGUUCGUGAUGGAAAUGCUCACCAUGGGGAUUCGAAUCUCCAAGAGACAACCGUCACGGGAGAGCGACCAGGCAUUUGGACUGGUGUAUCAGAGGCACAUCCGCUGCAAUGCCAGCAAGUGCCUUUGUCUGGGAGGCAGGGAGCAGGCAGAGGAAGAGGGGUCCUGGCAGAUGCUCCUGUGUAGCUCCUGCGCAGCCAAAGGCAUCCACAGGCGCUGCUCCUACCUGAGGAACAGCGCAACCACCUGGCAGUGUGACUGCUGUGCUGGCCUGGGCCCUGGUAAGAGGCAAAGCACCCGGGUGUCCCCCGCGCUGGGGCCAGGGGCCAGGCUAGGCCUGGUAGCAGGGACUUAGGUUGGGCUUGGCUUCAGGAGGGCUGUGGGCACCACGAUGGCCUCUCCUGCCCCGGGACUGGGUGCCAGUGACAAGUCAGAGCUUGCCAGCAUCAGAACCGCCAGCCAGGCGGCAUCGGGGCUGUCCCAUGGCUCCCUGGUGCCUGAGAGCAGCAGGCCCAGCACCAUCACCUACACACCACCGGGGCCAUCCCGCAGCUCCCCAGGGCCUGAAAGCAGCAGCCGCUCCAGCCACCUUGGGCCAGACCGCAUCCGGCACCGCUCGCAGUUACAACGUCGGGCGCAAAAGCCAUACAGCCGGCCUGGCAAACCCCGUGGGACCAGCCAUGUGCCAGCUCCAAGUGUCGAGCCGAGCAGCCCCAGCACUGCCUGGCAGAUGGCGCUGGGGCUGUUCCUCGGUUUGCUGGCGCUCCAGAGGAGCAGCUCCACCUCUGCCAGCCAGGCAGCGUCGGGGCUGUCCCGUGGCGCUCUGGUGCUCGAGAGCAGCAGCCGCUCCAGCCACCCUGGGCCAGACCGCAUCCGACACCGCUCGCGGUUACAACAUCGGGCGCAAAAACCAUACAGCCGGCCUGGAAGAUGCUGCUGA